CUCCCUCCUCCCUGCGUUCCUGUGUGGAAGGAAAGUCCAGCUCAGUGUGACCUGAGAUCUUCUGUGAGUAGCUGCUCGCUCCUCAGCUCGUCUUCAUCUUCAUCCUCUUCAUCCUCCUCGUGCUCAGGUGACUGUCAUGGCUGCCGCCCCCUCCAAGUCCUCACAGAAGGCCAAGAACGUGGCCCUGGCUGUGCUGGCCAUCUGGUCCAUCGUGUCUCUGGUGGUGAUCGUGGUGUGGGCGACGUCUCCCGACCUGAAGAGCUCGGCUCAGUGUAGGGCGGAGCUUCAGGACACGAAGGAGAAGAUGGAGGGAGCCAGGGUGGUGUGGGGGAAAGACCGUGUGGCUCUGGAGGAGAAGGUGGAGGAGGAGCGUGACAAGCAGGAGCGUCUGGCGGCGAAUAACCUGCUGCUGCUCGGACAACUACACGCCGCCAACGGCUCGCUGGAGGAGUGUCGCCAUGACAACGUCACCCUGAACAUGAACAUCAGCGUCCUGCAGGAGAACGUGGAGCAGCUGAGAGAGAAAGAGGUCAACCUGACGAGUCAGCUUGACCUGAAGGAAGAACACAUCGACACCCUGGAGCAGAACCUGACCCAGGCCGUCCACCUUACCCAGUCCUGCUACAGUCUGAGGGACGCCGCGCAGAGCCAGAUGUCGGCAGCACAGAUCCAGACCAAAGCCUGCGAGUCCAAGCAGCAGUACCUGCAGAAACUGCUUCAUAAGUGUAAAUCUCCUGAGCCGUCGCCAACAGAGGACAGUUCAUCCACCGCUGACAGGAAGUCAUCGGCCACGCCCCUCGCUGGUAUUCCUGCUGUGGCUCUGCUCGUCUGCAGCGCUCUGCACCUGUUCACCUGAGUUCAGCGCGACAGCCCGUCUUUUUGGCGGCAUGUACUGUGGUCCAGGGAAGGAGGCGGAGCCUGGACGGACUUAACGACUGCUGUACAAGCUUCCUGUCUACAAAACAAACAGAUGGCCAUGGAGACGCUGACAUCACACUGUUUAAUUAGACACAAUAUUUGCUUUAAAAGGAACAGCUGAGACGUUUACUGACCGUCAGCGACUCUGACCACUGUGUCCUCAACGCUCAACAGAGAUCAGUGUUCCUGCUUCCUGCUGCUGACACCUCCCACUUCCUGCUGCUGGUCCGUAGUUGUAGUUGUACUUCCUGUUGCCUGCUGCUGUUUUUACUGUUUCAGUCGUGGAUGAGAGUUUAGGCGUUUAUCACGUCUUCACUGUCCAUCACAAGCCGAGUCUCCAUAAAAUCUGGCUUAGUCAAAAAUCUCAACAGAAUUCAAAUAAAAAGCUCCGCCCAUUGUGUCUCAGAGUGAAUCCACAGUCAUUGUGUCACAUUUGAAUUAAUUCACUUAAUUACCGGGAUGAGUACAUUUUUAUGAAAACUGUGGGGUUGUGUUCUCAUUUGGACAAACUGAGACUUUUAUUUUUUGCAGUGAUGUUUCUGGACAAACAGAAACUGAUGCUUUUAUUUUUGAAAACUGCAAUGUUUUGUUUUGAACGGAAAGACUUUUAUUUUGAAAACCACAAGGUUUUGUUUUGGCAUGGAGGAAAAGAAACUGAGACAUUUAUUUUGAAAACCACAAUGUUUUCUUUUAGCGUAGAUGAACAGAAACUGAGACUUUUAUUUUGAAAACCGCAAUGUUUUAUUUUAGCAUGGACGAACAGAAACUGAGGCUUUUAUUAUUUAAAACUGCAAUGUUUUGUUUUAGUGUUGAUGAACGGAAAGACUUUUAGUUUGAAAACCACAAGGUUUUGUUUUGGCGUGGAUGAACAGAAACUGAGACCUUAAUUUUGAAAACCACAAUGUUUUGCUUUAGCGCGGACGAAAAGAAACUGAGGCUUUUAUUAUUUAGAACUGCAAUGUUUUGUUUUAGUGUUGAUGAAUGGAAAGACUUUUAAUUUGAAAACCACAAGGUUUUGUUUUGGCGUGGAUGAACAGAAACUGAGACCUUUAUUUUGAAAACCACAAUGUUUCGCUUUAGCGUGGACGAACAGAAACGGAGACUUUUAUUUUGAAAACUGCAAUGUCUCGCUUUUAUUUUUUCAUUACUUUGGUGACGUUCAUCAGGUUGGAGGUUGUUUUUAUUCAAAAAUUAUAAUGGUGAAAUGGGCAGAGACAGAGCGCGGAGACUCGAGCAGAGCUGAUGUUCAGUUGAUGGAUCGUAAGAAAGCGCGUUAAAACCUGGUUCACAGCUGCUGAGUCUGAUCAAUAAUCAAUCACAGCUGAUCGUCAGGUGUGAAGAGUGUGAUUGAUGAUUAUUUUUUGGUGCUUUUUCAGACAAACUCGCAGCUUCAGCUCUGUCACGACUUUUAAAAAAAGCUUUUAUAUUUUAUCUAUGCUGGUGUGUGUGUAUGUGUGGGUAAGUGUAAGUGUGUGUAUCACUGAUCAAUGAAUAAAUGUGACGAGUUUGUAAA